AUGCACUGCAAAACGCCCAAGGAUAACGUGUCGCUAUAUAUGCCGAAGAAGCGAGACCAGCGCGGCGCAAUAAGCCGCAUUGUCUCAAAGUCGCGAAGAGAUUUCGCUGGUGCAGGUCUCUUGCUUGAUAAUGCGAGAGUUCAGCACCCGAAUGUUCCGUUUGUUGAGCAAACGAAAGCUUCUAAAGUGUCUUUGAGUGCUAUCAAUGGCAUAAUUAGAAGAGGAGACGGCCCUGAGUUGCUACCCUUCAUAGAUCGCAGUCGUGUGAACUUGAAGAAUUGGCGGCAUCAGAGUACUCUCAGCUUAUUCGAUCAAUGUGAGUUGACCAAAAUCAAGUGUCGCCGCAGAUAUUGGAGACGCAAAGCUUUCCAAGCUUCCUAUUACACUAUCCUCGCUGUGGCCUGCUAUCUUCUCCUUGUGGGGUUUCCUUUAUGGGAAGGGAGCCUGGUAUGGCUCUACAGUACCACUCAGAAAAAAUCAUUAGUAACAGGAGGGUGGGCGAUUUUCAUUGGAAUAUCUACUUUAUUCUCUGCUGGUCCUCUACUCAUAAAAUUUGAAAGCCAUAAUACGCCAAUCCACGUUGAAACAAAGGGCUCAAACUCCGCGGUGCAUGAGACAGCUCUUCUUGUGCCUUGCCACAACUCAGAAUCAGUGAUAGGCAAAACCAUCAAGGCGGCCUUGAGGGUCUUUCCCUCGUCUCAUAUCUUUGCCAUUGCCAAUGGAGACUAUUUGGUCCCAUCAGACAAGACAAAAGACAUUUGUGAUCAGCAUGGCGUCAAUUUCGUCUGGUGUCCCGUCGGGUCCAAAGCGGCUGCUCUCUUUGUAGGCUGCCAUGCUGCCCGAAAGUUCCGAUAUGUGUUCCUCAUUGAUGAUGAUUGCCUCAUCCCCCCCGAUCUUCCAAUAGUGGCCUCGAGGCUCACUGGGAGAGCCAAAUGUAUUGGGUACACGAUAACCUCAGUCGAUGCUUGUGGGUCAAUUGGUUCUUACUGUCAACAGGCACAAGACCUAGAAUACAAGCUUUCUGGAUUACAAAGAACACUGGCAGGUCGGCUUGGUAGCUCCAUGUUCCCCCACGGAGCUGUAUCCUUAUGGGACCGACGAUUCCUCAAAAAAACGUUUAAACACCAUCCGGGAUUUUCUAUCAGCGAAGACUGGUUCCAGGGAAACAGUUGCCGAGCUCUUGGGGGCAGUAUAGAGAUGUGCAGUGCGGUGUUCAUUGCGACAAGCACUCCAUCAGCUCUAUUCAGAUUACAUCACCAACAACGAGGCGGCUUUGGGGAGACCACUGUUUUUCAACAAAGAUUCUCAAGAUGGAACUUCUUGUUUGCGAUUGAAUUAUGGUCCAAUGUCAAAUACGUACUUCUGUCCUGGAAAAUGGGAUGGCGGGACCUGACCACCAAACUUUUCGUGACCAACCAGAUAUUCGAGACUUUCCUCAAUCUCGCCAUGCCAUUCGUAUUGCCUAUUUCGUUCUGGUCUCAGCCUUGGCAUUGUUGCGCACUUAGUGCGUUGACGAUCAUCUUGCAUUUGAUGAUUGUGGUCAUUUUCAAUGCUUACCACCUAAGAGCAAAAGGCGCUAUGAUACAGUGGAGAGUGGUUUUUAGCUACUAUAUUCCAUUCAAGUUAUUUCUCCUCCUGACGAAUGCUGCCAGCUUCUACUGGGCCAUCUUUAAAUAUGGCAUAUACUUUUCGCAUCUCCAUCCAAAGCUGCCUCAGAAUCACAAGGCUGUCACUACUAUCAUGAAGCUUGAGCGGAUGGAGGACUUGAAGCAGGGCAUUGAUUGCAGCGGUGGCUAUUCUAGUCCAUCAACGCAGAGGAUUCCUUGUACAACCCGAGCUAGUGGGAUGAUGGAUUCAAGCAACUAUUGUUAG